AUGGACUCCUUUGCGAUUACAGAGGGUAUUGCUGCCCAGGAACCGCAAGAAACUCAACCGGAUCCAGCUCUGAGCAGCCUGUCCGAGGAGACGAACAAAUUCCAGCAAGCCAUUGCUGCUUGGCGAGGUAUCGAUUUGGCCAAUAUCAUCGCGAAACUCGACACGACAGCAUCUGAGAUUGUGGAAUAUCAGCGUGAUUCUUUAGUACAACGGAAAGACCUUGCGCAGAAGACCAAGGAUUUUAGGAAGUUAGAUGAUGAGGCGAAGCUUUCAGAGUUCAAAGGACUGUUGAAAGCAUACCAGUCAUUUAUCGAUGUCUUAACUAACCAAGGGAAAGCGUCCUCCUCUGCAUUCCUUCAACUAUACUCGUCCUUAUCUGAAGCCCCAGAUCCUUAUCCCCUCCUUGAAGCUUCCGUCGAUUCGCUAGUCUUGUCCGAAGACACAGUUCCGAAACUCACUUCCGAGCGAGAUCAAUUACAACGAUCCGUGGAGCGCCUCACCAGGCAGCAGGACGAAACAGAGAACCGGCUCCAGGAAGAGCGUGCCGCACGAAAGAAGCUUGAGGAAAAUCAGGAAAUACGUGCCAAGGAAAUCGAAGCUUCCUGGGAGGCUGUCCUUGCUGAGAAAACCAACAACUGGACCGCGAAAGAGAAGAGCCUGGAGGAGAAGGUGGAAAACCAGGACCGAUUGAUCAAGGAACUCAAGGCCAGCUAUGAAGUGUCACAGCGCAUGGGUGUGGAUAACGAUCAGGAUGGCGCUCAAAGCGGUGCAUCAGCUGCCGAAUUGGAGCUGGUCUCUGCAGAGCUUGAGAAAACAAGCUUAAGAUUGGCCGAUAUGGAAGCUCGAAAUGAGCAACUGCGGUUAGAAUUGGCCCAGUCCGUCUCACACGCAAGUGCAGAUAGGCCAGGGUCCGUAGAAGAGGACCCAGCGUAUCUCCGAUUGCAAUCAGAGAAUUCGAGCCUGCUCCGCAAGUUAGAUGCCGCACGUUAUGAUAAAGACUCAACCCGGCACGCUUGGGAGGGCAAGCUCCUUCAGGCUGAGCGAAACGCUAAGAAGGCUAUUACUGAGAGAGAUGAGCUACGAUCUCGUCUUGAUAAGGUAGCCGACUACGAUGAUAUUCGUCGCGAAUUGGAUAUGCUAAGGUCAAUUGAACUCACGGCUGGUGACGAUGAAGAUAUUGGCGAUGGUACAGAGAAUGACGCGACUGAUACCAACGGUGGUGCUGUGAAGUCGAAGGGAAAUAACUCCCUCGAGCAACUCCUGCUUGCACGCAACAAAAAGCUGACUGACGAGCUUGCUGUCUUACGAGUCGCAACACGCGAGGCUCAGGAGCAGCUCCAAACCGUCCGCAACGAGCUCGCCACAACUAAGAAAGACCUCGAAAAGUCCCGGGGUCUGUCAACAACCCUUGAAAAUGAUUUGCUGCAGGUACAGCAAGAAGCGGCUAACGCCUUCCCAUCGUCGGCCAUGUCUGUUGCGGGAACUUAUUCUUCUCGCUAUCCCCAUUCAUCUCGACGGGGUGCAUCGUCCCCCACUUCUUCAAUCAUCUCUGGCUUUGAUCAGAGUGCUGCAUCGGCAAAUACUAUGGAGGCGAUCCGCGCUGGAGAAGCUGUCGGCGGCGGCUCCGGUCUUCUACCUAUGAUCCAAGCCCAGAGAGACCGCUUCAAGAAGAAGAAUGCAGAAUUAGAGGAGGAAUUGUCCAAACUGUAUGCGACCGUAAAGUCUCUGAGACAAGAGGUUUCAUCCCUCCAGAAGGACAACCUUAGUCUUUACGAGAAGACGCGAUAUGUCUCCACCUACAGCCGUGGGCAGGGUGCUUCUACGUCAGCAUCUUCGUAUGCCAAUGCACCUAGCUCCGCUUCUGUUUAUAGCUCAUCAGAGACGCCCUCGGGGCUUUCUCUCGAUCGGUACCAGUCCGCCUACGAAGCCCGGAUCUCGCCCUUUGCUGCAUUUCGCGGCCGCGAAUCAGCGCGUGCAUACAAGCGUAUGAAUCUGCCGGAGCGGAUCGUAUUCUCGCUCACUCGUAUCAUCAUGGCCAACCGGACCAGUCGAAACCUGUUUGCGGGGUACUGUUUCGCUCUCCACAUACUCCUUUUUGUCAUGCUUUACAUGAUGAGUACCACGGAAAUCGAGAAGCACAGCGCUAUGAGUGUCGUGGGCAGUGCCGCCGCCGCGGCCUAUGGGAACAGUGGAGGCUCUAGCUCCGGAAGUGGCAGCGGUAGUGGUGGCCAACUCCAUGCUGAUGAUUGGCAGCAAGAAGGGUUUGCAACCUAG